GAUCGAUUCCAACGUUGCGCCGUUACGACUUUCUUGAAUGGAAAGACCUCGAUCAGAAGCAGCUGGCUGCGACUACAUCAAUGAGCACUGCCAGAAGUGGCACAACUCAGUGGUGCACUGCCAGUGGACUGCAGAGAAAGGGAGGAUCUUGAGGAGCCGCCGCUCUUUCAAGACAGGGGACAUCAUUUUCCGCGAGCCUCCGCUCCACCUGGUGUCUGAGCAGCCAGACAACGAGCUUUUCCAAAGGGUCGAGAAGAUUUGCCGGGAGAGGCCUCGGGACUUCAUCUUCGGAGCCCUCUGGUACUGGGCAGCCCUGUGCUCUCUGACUGCCGCCCACUUGCCGGAGGAUCGCAGGCUUCCACCGGUCGCGGAGGACGUGCACAAGCGGUUGCUUCUCCUGUGUGGCAUGGAAAUCACAGCCGGCGAGGGUGAGGAAGCGAGAGAGGCCGCAAAGGUCUUGGUGCAGGAAUUUCAGCUUGAGCCCAGGUGCCAAGCCCUGGAUUUGGAGCGGGUCUUGCAGGUUUGGAUCGUGAACUGCUUCGAGCACACGGACGAGCCGCUAGGCUACGCCACCUACUUCUUGUCCUCCUUCACGUCGCACUCCUGCUUCCCCAAUGCGGUAUGGCACUACGAUGGGGAUGACUUCGUGCUGCGCGCGCGGGAAGACAUCGAGGUGGAUGACGAGGUCACCUUGUCCUACUUGUCAGAGGAGUCCCUCAUGAGCUCCAGCACGGCGCGGCGGCAAAAGCUGAAGGCUUCAAAGCACUUCGUUUGCCGCUGUGAGCGGUGCGUUGACAUCAACGACCCCUGCCGGGGUUUUCGGUGCCCACGUUGCUCUGCAAUCUCAUUGCAGCUGGGUGCCGCUCGUGAGGAUGAGGUGGAUGUGGGUGAAGAGGAAAUGGCCUCCCGGCAAUGUGAGAAUUGUCACGUGGAACUGGGACUGGGUCAGGCUGCGAUGCUGAAUGCGGAGGAAAAACUGUUGAGUGCAACAUGUGCGGAGAUGGAACCGGAGAUGGGGCCGGAGGCGAACAGCGCCUCGCUGCUGCAGCGGCUUGAACGGAGCACGCAUCGCGCAGCCAAGUGCCUCUCGCAGCACUUUCUCCUGGACCAAGCCUGGGACAUGAUGUCUGUGCUGCACCAACGCUUGAAGCACUCAGAGGAUGCUGAAAGACUGAUGCGAAGGCGGAUGGAGUAUCAGGCUCUGGCCUACCCUGGCAACAGUGCCCACAAGGUUUGGAUUCAAGAGGCGUACGCUGACAUGCUCGUGCGGCAUGCCCGUGACAAGGAGCCAAAGGAGACUGUGACUGAACCAGCCGCAGCCAAGCUUCGGAUUGCCAGCGGCGUGCCCAUGGGGGGUGCGGCCCUGGUGCAUUUUUGCGUUGGGAUGUCCAGCGUGAGCAAGCCCGCGAGUAAAGCUGCGCACAAAGGUGCGAGUGUAGACACGCCAGGAAGGCGAAGCCGCAGGGAUCCAAAGAGGUCUGAAGCGAGCGAGAGGAAGGCAGCCAGCCGGUCACCCGCGGCAGGAGGUUUCUUGAUGAGGACCUGCUUGAGGACCCGCAAGGCCCGCUCCUUCUCCCUGCCGCUGACCGGCGAGGCGGCGGCCUUUGAGCUGACCGCUGUUGAACUUGCCCAGGAGGUGCUGAUUAUGCAGGAGUUACGGAAGAGCGACUUGCCGGAAGAAUGCUACAAGCUCAAUCCUUUCCGGCACUGUUGGGCUCUCGCCGUGGAGACUGCCUUCCUCUUCGACGAAAGGCACAGCACCAAGCUCGACAAGGCGAGGGGCCUCCUGCAGUUUGCAGACCUGAAGGGACUGAGUGAGGAGGAGAUGCUGGCUGCUUUGCUUUGCAUUUUCACCGUUCAGUGGUACUUGGCAAGAGGAUGUUCCAACAUCAAAUGCCACGAGAUUGAGAUCUUCUUGAGAAUACUUGACCUCUUGGAGCGGAAUGACGAGUUUAACUCGCUCUACGACGACGAGGUGCGAGUGUCAGGAUGGCGCUAUGCAGUGGAUGAAGAAGUUUCCUACGCGUUAGCGCGCUCCAGCAACCCGUGA